CCAUAGAGGACGUAAAAUACAACCACGUCUCCAUCUGACACUGAAACCCGCCUGUGGAAAGAUCUGAAGAGAACAAAAGAAAAAAGCAAUGCAAGAUGGGAAACGACUGAAUGCGCAGAUAUAAGUUUACUUCUGCAGUGCGUUUCGAGAUCUCGAAUCGCAUUUUUCUGUUGUAGUUAAAUCUUUUACGGUACUUUUUUUAAAGAAAGAUUUUGAGCUCGUUGUUAUGGUCGCUUUAUAGUUGGGGGAAUCUUUUAAUUAUUUCAAUUCAAAGUGCUGAGGAUAUUCUGUACCACUGGAAUGAUUUGACUCAAGAUAAUAUUGAGAAAACUUAAGGACGGAGUUCUUGAGCACAUUUCAAGCGUUUUUGGACUGUAAUUUCGCGCAGGAAUGUUACCGGGACUGCAGACGUUACCGCGGCUACUGACGCUCGCCCUCACAAGCGUAUUUCUGGUACAAAGUGGGACAAGUGACAAGAAAGUCAGACCAGAGGUGUGGCUUCAGCAGUAUGGGUAUCUCCCUCCUGGUGAUGUUCGGGCUCAGGCUAUCCGUUCUCCAAAAUCCAUCACUUCCGCAAUAUCGGCCAUGCAGAGGUUCUACGGCCUCACUGUAACCGGAUCUAUGGACGAGGGUACUAUCACGGCAAUGGAGCGGCCAAGGUGUGGUGUUCCGGAUAAAUUUGGCUCUGAACUGAAGAGCAACCUAAGAAAGAAACGCUACGUCAUCCAGGGGCUAAAAUGGGACAAAAGAGAGAUCACCUUCAGUAUUCAGAACUACACACCCAAAGUUGGUGAAAAAGCCACACAAGAGGCCAUCAGGAAGGCGUUUAAGGUCUGGGAGGCCGUGACACCCCUGAAGUUCCGCGAAAUUCCAUUUAGUCAAAUCAAAGGCAAGGUGGACAAGUAUGCAGAUAUCAUCCUCUUUUUUGCUGAAGGCUUUCAUGAAGACAGCACCCCGUUCGAUGGGGAGGGGGGCUUCCUUGCCCACGCGUACUUCCCCGGUCACGGCAUCGGAGGUGAUACACAUUUUGACGCAGCAGAGCCGUGGACAACAGGCAACGUUGACCAGGGAGGCAAUGAUGUGUUUUUGGUGGCAGUGCAUGAAUUGGGUCAUGCUCUUGGUUUGGAACACUCCGGAGAUCCCUCUGCCAUCAUGGCUCCGUUUUACCAGUGGAUGGACACUGAGAACUUUGUUCUGCCUGAUGAUGACAGACGGGGAAUUCAGCAAAUAUAUGGCUCUAGCUCUGCUAAACCCCCUCAACCCCCGGCACCUCGGCCUCCCACUACCAAACCAGAUCGCCCUUCAUUUGGCCCCGACAUAUGUGAGGGACACUUUGACACCAUUGCUAUUCUGAGGGGAGAGAUGUUCGCCUUCAAGGAGAAGUGGUUCUGGAGAAUUCAUGAUGGUAAACCUCAACAGGGGUACCCCAUGCCCAUUGGACACUUCUGGAAGGGAUUGCCUCCCUCUAUCAAUGCUGCCUAUGAACGUUCUGAUGGAAGAUUUGUUUUCUUCAAGGGGGACAAGUACUGGGUGUUUAACGAGGCCAAAAUGGACGAAGGUUAUCCAAAAACCUUCAAGGAGCUUGGCACAGGGCUUCCUAGAGACAAACUGGACGCAGCUGUUUUCUACACGCCCACUGGCAACACUUACUUCUUUAGAGGAACCAACUAUUACCGUUUCAAUGACAAUAGCCGGUCAGUGGAUCCGGACUAUCCCAAACCCAUCAGUGUAUGGACAGGAGUACCAGAUAACAUCAAAGGGGCCAUCAUGAGUGAGGACGGAGCCCACACUUACUUCUACAAAGCCAAUAAGUACUGGAAGUUUAACAAUCAACAGCUGAAGGUGGAGCCGGGCUUCCCCAAAUCAGUUCUCACUGAUUGGAUGGGCUGUGAAGGGGAGGAGCCCAAGAAACGAAUCGGGAUCAGUGAGGAAGUCAUCAUCAUUGAGGUGGAUGAGUCAGAGGGUGGAGCCAUGGGAAGGGCUGCAACCAUUGUGAUCCCUCUCUUUCUUCUGGCCUGUGUGCUUGUCACUCUAGGAGCUCUGCUUUUCUUCCGCCGCUACGGCACCCCUCGACGCCUCCUCUACUGCCACCGCUCUCUGCUCGAUAAAGUUUAAAGGCAGACAAAGGCAGAGAAAGGAAGAGAAAAAGGAGAAGGAAUACAAGGGAUACAAAGUAGAUGACUUUGGGAGAGGUUUCGAAUGGGGGAUAUUGUGUGUUAGGGUGGAGUGAAAACAAAUGUCACUUUUAAAGGUCCACAAGGGGUAGAGAUGACAAGAUGACAAAAUGAAGGAAAUGAUGUGUAUUGUACGUUUUUCUAUUUACCUGUACGUCUUUGCCAUUAAUAAAACAAAAAACAACAUGGAAUGGGAGAUAGAAACUGACAUCCCCUCUCUGUUUCUAUGGUUACACUUUAAAACUGCAGAGAAAUGCACUUUUUUUAGUUUUCUUUCCGAUAUAUAAUCCGUCCUUUAUCUUCUUUGACAAUCUCCCUAUCCAGAACCUAACUUGAUACUUGUUUGAUUGACAUCUUUACAAUAAUUGUUCUUCAUCUCACUUGAAUUUUUUUCAUGAACUCGUUAACCUGCAUUUGACAUAGAUCCAAUGAAAACCUCCGGUUCCCUUAAGUCCUACUGUCACCUCGCACCCUUUUUUCCCGAAGACAAGGAUAGAUUUUGACCUUUCACAGAUCAUUGUAUGCACAAAGUAUGGCUAAACUGUAGAGACCGGCUGUAUGUGAAAGGUCAAAGGUUAAAUGUCAAAGUUCAGGGAGAGAGAGAAGUCGACUCAGCUCUUAAAGUAGGCCAGUUUCUGAUUACACUUAAAGAGCAGACCAACUCAAAAUACUAUUGUUUGUUACAUUGUACAAUGAUUAAUAAUAUUUCAAUAAUGAUUUGCAUUGUUGUUAUAACUAUGGUUAUUGUUAUUAUUGUUCUCCAUGUGUAGUCUGUAACUUGUCAUUUCAGGUCCUGCUGGACACAGGCGGAAUGUGACUUAUUUCAAAUUAACUUCCAUUGUCAAGUUUUAAAAAUCAGGUUUAGACAGGCUGGAGGUGAGAUUGUCUCAUUUUUAAUGAGAGAAGAAAAGAGGCAGCAGAAAAGAAUAGAUAAUUAUUUAUAAACAGUAAUGGUGCUAUGGGUUUUCUGUAAUAGAACUUCAUCACCAUUGGACGUUUCUUAAUUAGUCAACAAUGAUAAUGGUAAUGAUAUUUAUAAUGAUAAUUGUAAAGGAAUGAGAUUUUUGCUUGUUUUAUACUUUUUGUACCUGGAAAGGAAAAUGAAAUAAACACCUUCUUAACAUGA